GCUUGCAGUGGCCCACGGGCCAGUCGGGGCCUAGCCCAGCGCGGGAGAGCCGGGCUGUGCCCGCAGCAGCAAGCGGGACCCUGGCACGGAGCGAGGCGGGGGUGGAGCCUGGAGCGGGCGGUCGAUGGUUAGCAGGGCACUGGGGGAGGGAGGAAGGAGGAGCCGCCACCGGCCCCAGCAAUACCUCUGCCUAUCCCCUUUAAGAUGAACAGGUGACACAAAGCAAGAGGCGUCAUAAAUGGUGAAAGCGCGCGGGAAACUAUUCUGCCUCCAUGAUUGGCCAGGAGAAUAAGACAACAACAGCGCGCGCCAAAAUCCGCAACCGGCCCGGCCUCUGUACAGCCCACCAUAACGCCACGAUGGCCCCGCCUCCUUCCUUCAGCGGCCCAAUCAGUACCUGACCAGCUUCUUCAGAAAGACGCCCUUACUGCAGGGCGGAGCAUCGCUUGGCUGGCCGCCGCUGGCCCGCGAUCCCAAGAAGUUUCGAAUUCUGUUGGCCGGAGAGCGCCCUAGCCAAUGGCGGGGCCGGGAUGUGACCUAGCCCCGCCCACAUGGGCGUGACCGGCCACUUUCUCACAGGUGAUUGCCUGGACUUGGCUGUCACUCCAUUAUGUAUCAACGGGAUUCGGUGAUUGGUUCCGCCCAGGCGCGAAAUGUAACGCGGGAAAAUCUUGGGCUCGGCAGGGGCCGGGCUGCCUGCAGGUUCGGAGAGGUCGCGGCAGCGGCUCGGGUUCUGUUCUGACCGAGGCCAGGUUGUGGAGCCGACACCGCCGCAAACGAGAGAAGCGCAAGUGCGGCCGCUUCUCCGUGGGCUGCUGCCAUGGCCGGCGGCCGCCGCUGACACGGCGCAUCUGCAGGUCGGCGGCCGGAGCGGGAGGGGAGACACUGAGACCCGGAGAGGACCGGCCGGCGAUGAGUGGCUGAGGCGGAUCGGGCGGUGACAAGCGGCUGUAGGGUGAGAUCUCCGCGCCCGGGAGAGCGGGCCUGAGCCGCCACGGAGAUUCCCCGCCCCGCUGCCUGCGAGGGGCUCGCGAUGGCGGAGAGGCCGCCCCCGGUGAUCUUCUGCCAGGAUUCCCCGAAGCGUGUCCUAGUCUCCGUUAUCAAAACCACCCCGAUUAAACCGUCCCGGGGGGGCGAGGAGCCGGCGCCCGCCCCGCCCGUCCCCACCAGCCCCGGCUUCAGUGACUUCAUGGUGUAUCCCUGGCGCUGGGGGGAAAACGCGCACAACGUGACCCUCAGCCCCAGUAGCGCCGCCACUCCCUCCUCCGUCCAGCAGCCUCGAGUGGGGGUGGUCCGAACCUCCAGCGGGGAGGAUGAGGAGGCGGGCAGCCCGGAUAGCGGCGGCAGCCACCUGAAGGAUGGUAUUAGACGUGGCCGACCAAGAGCAGAGACAGUGCGAGAUCUAAUAAGUGAGGGAGAGCAUUCAUCCAGCCGAAUCCGUUGUAACAUCUGCAACAGGGUGUUUCCACGAGAGAAAUCUUUACAGGCACACAAAAGAACUCACACCGGUGAAAGGCCUUAUUUGUGUGACUAUCCAGAUUGUGGGAAAGCCUUUGUUCAGAGUGGGCAGCUCAAAACACACCAACGUCUUCACACAGGAGAAAAGCCUUUCGUCUGCUCAGAAAAUGGAUGUUUAAGCAGAUUCACACAUGCAAACCGUCAUUGCCCCAAGCAUCCCUAUGCAAGACUGAAGAGAGAAGAACCCACAGGCAGACUGAGUAAAAAACAAACAGCUGACAAUAAAGCUGUUGCUGAGUGGCUAGCAAAAUAUUGGGAGACUAGAGAGCAGCGCACUCCUACUUUGAAAAGCAAAACAGCUCAGAAAGCUGACCAGGAACAACAAGAUCCCUUGGAAUAUCUUCAGUCUGAUGAAGAGGAUGAUGAGGAAAAAAAUAGUGCUCCCUCAGCUGCCCGCCGUAGCCUUCAGGAGCAGCGUGAACGCCUGCAUGGUGCACUGGCUCUUAUUGAGCUUGCAAACCUGGCUGGAGCACCACUGCGACAGUAGCAUAGGAACUGAAUCUGCCAGUAUAUUAAAAUGUACUGCCUGGUGGUACUUAACCAGUUAGAUCCUGGGCAUAAGCUAAGCACCUUAUUUGCUUAUCAUAGGCUGCUAUUCUGUAGAAUUUAUGAAGAAUGUUGUUGCCCCACAAGAUGGGGUGAGAGAAUUGCACUUUUUUGUAUGGUAAAAGACAGAUGUAAAGUUUUUAAGUAUUUUGUAAAUAUGGGACUGCACAGUGCAGGGUCAACAAAUUGCAUAUUGUGGAAAGUUAAGAUUUUUGCAAGGUUAAUUCAUUCAUUUGAAGCAGUUCUCACAGGAAGCACUUUCUGAACAUAAUGCUGUAUGAAUAGGAGAAUUGUACAGGUAACAAGAGGAGGAUUAUUUAUCUGACUAUUUAAACAAAAUUACAUUUAGUACGUUUGAUAAUACUGUAAGCAGUGAUGCAACCGAGUCUUUAAUGGCAAUAUAUUUUGCCUAGUAUCACUGAGAAGAGGGCAAAGGUUCUAACUUGUGGUGGGGAAGAAACUGGUUAUGUAGAAACUGAGAGUUCAGGAUCUUCACUGUGACUACCCAAAGUAUGAGACUGACUUCGCAAUCAUAUUUUAGAUUUGAGAUUUCAGUAGAAUCUCUUGGUCUGAGUAGCACUUGUUAUUCCUAGCACAUGAUGUUGGGAACUUUUGCACAUUGUCGGGCUUAUUUGAAGAUGAAUGAUUAGCCUUGCAAAGUCUAGACAUAAAGGUAACAAUUGGUAAUAUUUCUCAGAUAUUUUGGACCCUGUAAUGAGAUUUGGCACUUGUUUUGUUAAUAAAGUGGGUAUUUACAGGGUGGUAUUGAUUUGUAGUAAACUAUUUAGACAUCUUAUUAGCUAACACUACGUUUUAAAGUUCUGCUUUUAUAUGAAUAUUAGCAAAUAGAAGCCUCCAUAUUCUUUUUUUAAUUGCAUAAAGCCACCUUAUUGCUUUACUUCAGGAUAAGAUGUCAAGUUUGUGUUCACUAAGUGUAGUACAGCUAUCAGUUAAACACGGCAGAAGAAUAUUUGCUGUUCAACUAGAAAAUAGGCUUCCAGAGAUAGUUGCAAGUGUGUUUAAAUUGUGUGGUUUCAUAUAUCUUUCCCAAAUAAAUGAAGUUACAGAACACGGCUUAGUGAUCUCAAGCACAAAACGAAAAGUAAGUUUAGCAGUACAUCCUUAUCACCUCAUGUUUUGUAUUGGUUUUAUCUGACUUACAAUACAACCGGCUUGUCUCAUGGUCUUAUUUUGCCUUUCUUUUGAGCAGCAUAUAACCAGAGAUGCAUAAUAUGCUAACAGAUAAUAAAUUUGGUGAAUUGGGCAUGCUCCUGAAUAUUUUUUUUAAUGUCAGGCUGCUGAUUUAGUGGAUAUUAACAAAAAAUCCAGUUAUCUUCAAAUUUAUUGACCUACUGCUUCUGUAGAUCAUAACAUUACCCAGGCUAUAGACUCCUCCCUCUUAUCACAACAAAACCAGAAAAUAUAGAUGUGAAGGGGAGCCAUUUUUCCUGUUAGUGUGAGAGGGAGGAAAAAGUAUUUAAGACUUGAGUAAUUUUUUAAAAACUGAUUAGAUGAGGACAGAUGUUUCAGAAAUCUAACAUGAUUACAGCAGAGAAUGCUACUCUUGAAUUCAGUUUCUAAUAACUGAUGCCUAUAAUGGCAUGAAUUUUAUUAACCUGGUACGUGUUUAGAAUUGAGUUGGUGCACUUAACUAAACAGUGGUUAGAGAGAUUCUAACUUAAGUGGUUGUGAUUUUUAGACUUACCAAUAUAGUUCUUGAUUUCUUGUGUUCAUUUCCUUGUUAAUUUAUUUGGCCUCAA